AUGACUGGUGGCGACUAUGAGCGAGUCGACCAUGAAACCGCGCAGUCGAGAUGCGAAGACAUUGGGGGUUAUCUUUCAUUCUUUUUGACUCAAGACGAGCUUGACCACUUCAACAACGAGCGCGAAACUUUAGGCAGAAAAGAAUGGCUAGGAAUUGUAAAGAAUCAAACUACACAAGUCUGGCAAACUGUAACAGGGAUUAACAACACGAUAUUCGAUUGGACGACCAACGAGCCAAACAAUGUCGGUGGAGUUGAAAAUUGCAUUGAGCGAUACACUUAUGGAACUUGGAAUGAUGAGCCUUGCAACCAACUUGAAACAUUUUCGUGUCGACUUGAAGAACUGGUCCCGGAUCACCUGAAUUGUUCUACUGAUUAUUUCUUGGCGAACGGCAAUUAA